AUGCAGAACUACGGGCAAACACCAGGCUACCAGCGGCCAGGAAGCACGACGAGCUUCACGGGCCAGCAGACCGCUCCUCCACCAGUGCCACCACCGCCCCCCGGAUAUGGAGCUUCUCAGGGAUAUCAAGCACCUGCUCCUCAAGCCCACGGCCAAUGGGCUGCGCCAACGCCGACGCAUACGUCGAACCCAUGGAAUCAAUCGCAACAACAAGGGACAAGAGGGUACAAUCCGGGCACGUAUGGUACUAUGCCAGGUGCGCAGCAUCAAUCGUAUCAUCUCCCUCCACCACAUCAGGACCAGCCUCCUCCACCUCCACCCAAACCCUAUGGCUUCGCAGCGGCAGUCCAACGGCAAGAACAACAACAACAGCAGCAGCAGCAGCAGCAGCAAAGCACGCAGAAUUGGUCGCAACAAUCGCAACCGAAUACCGGGUACGCGCCUCAUGCGCAACAGGGAGGAUACCCAGUACAAGGGACACCACAACAGCCAUAUCAUAAUGCAGCCCCUCCGCCGCCUUCAGCCACACCGGGAGGUUCAUACUUCCCAUCUUCACAAGGAGGAAGGCCCAGCUCCAUCUAUGGUGCAGGCCAGGUCAGCUCAUACACGAAUGCGCCAUCAGCUGGACCACAUCAACCCUCCACUGCUGUCAGCCCGAAUGAGCAGCAGCCGGCAUACACACAGCCACCUCUCCCAGCACCCAGUGCAUACGUUCCUCCUCCGCCAGUAGCUCCUACGUGGCAGCAACCACAGUACGCACAGGGAUAUCAUAAUGCCCAGCAGCAAGCGCCGCCUCUGCCUCCUCGACAUGGCCAACAGAGUGUGCAACAUCCAGAGCACCACCAACCUCAAUAUGGACACCCCAACUCUGAUCAAUACCCGCCACAAUCGCAGACACCUCAUCAGUCACAGCAACCGUCAUUUUGGGGUGCAAUACCAGCUUCGCAACAGCCGGUCGGACAACCGAUAUACCCACAGGCGCAAUCGCAGCAACAACUAGUACAGCAACAGUAUGGACAUUCAGUGUAUGAACAUCAUGGUCAACCAUCUCCAUCAGAUCCGCACCUGCAGAGACCGUGGCAGUCCGCAUCUCCAGCACCCGAGUCUACUUAUCAACAUAGCGUACCACAGACCUAUGAGCCUCAGCAGCAGCCCCCGCAAUCAGGAUACCAAGCACAAGACUCGUUCUUAGGACGGCAGUACGCUCAAAUGCCGAACCAAGGGAUUCAAGAACCAAAGCCAUCCAAUCGAAUUGAAACCGCUACGCCGAACUUCUACCAUCAGCCAAGCCCGCCGAGUCAACCUGUGUCUCCCAUAUCUAAUCGUCCGAGUGUGAGUUCUGCAUCUGGUUAUCAACCUGUAUCUGGACGCACCGACUCCGUGAGUUCCAUAGCCCUGGCCAAUCUCUACGCACAACGCGCAGAGAACAAGACGUCCUCACCAAAACCCCCCGCACCCAAACUACCCGUAUCGCCUCCACCUCGCGAUGACAAGUCAAGGUUCAGUGUUCUGGCCGCGGGUGCACCUUCUGAUUGGGAACAUUUAGGUGGCAGUGAGGAAAUCGACGACGAAGAAUUAUUUGGGGUAAAGAAAGAGGAAAAGAAAAGCGACACUACCCAGCCAGAAAGCGUUGAGUUGCCUGCUCACGUCCCAUCUCCUCCCUCGACACAUAGUUUUCCCAGUCCUGCAGUACGUCCCGCACAUGUGAGUUCAAGUGAGUGGGAUGAAGGCUAUACACCCACACCGCCGUCUGUGACGACAAGUCUUGCCCUACGUCAAGACUCGCAGUCGUCUGACCAAGGGUUCGUUGUAGAAGAUGCCAUCGUCGCACCCCUGAGAACUACGCCAAGACCCAUACAGGGUGCGAAGCCUCCCUAUCAACUUGCUGCAUUGACGACAGGGUUUGUCUCAGCCGAGAGCGGGUAUAAUACAUCACAACACACACCGACACAGCCCAAGCAUCAUUUCGAGUCACGAACUACCAAUGAGUCUAACGACGCUGGAUCCUUUAGCUAUGACUAUACUGUGGAGUUAAAAGAGAAGGAUGACAUUAUCCACCAGCUACGCGCAGAUGCAGAACGGGAAAGGGCUGAACUACACGCGAAGAUUGAAGCGCUGGAGGCUGACAAUCAAAAACUUUUAUCUGAGUAUCAAGCCAACAAAACGCAUAGUGCGAGCCAGAUGAUCGUUUUACGUGCACAGAUUGAGACUGUGAGAACCGCCGCAGACCAAGCCACUGUCAACUCCGAGGCUUUAGUAAAGGAGAAGAACAUGACGAUUGAAAGACUGAAAGAAGAUGUGGAAGGGAAGGAACACAAUAUUGAAGAGCGUGACAAUCUCGUCGCUGAGUUGAAGCGUCAACUUGAAGCUGAAAAGUCGAGAGAAUUGCCAAAAGCCACCCCUGCCGAUCUUAUCUCGGAUAUCGACCCGUGUGAGGCAGCAGCACCGCAAGUUGAAGAGAAAAUCAAGAUUUUCAAGGCAUUCAUGAAGGUGGAGUCUAGCAUGAGGACAAUCAACUUUUUCGACGCCUCAACGCAAACGCUUCCAGUAGAGCCAGAGACGUCACACCAAACAGAGCAAGUUGCAACUUCAAACAUAUCCACCAAGAGACAGGAUCUGAACAUACAAGUACCGCAGGGGUCUGCAUAUGAGGACGAUUAUGAAUAUAGUCCUGGUGGCAGACCUAUCUUGGCACGUCAAAGUACGAUGCCGCCUAUUGAAAACUAUCAGGGCCCUCCGAAGCCACCUCCUCGCUCUAUUGACGACGAUACAAACAAAACGCCAGUUCAAUCUCUGCCUGAGGAGCCGAUGCAACCUCAAUACAAGGCAUACGUUCCACCUGCUAGCAUAUCCAUUGACCCUCCUCAAUUGAGGCACAGACAAACGAUGCCUUUCUCCAAUACUCCAGGUGUGGCUUCACCAUCGGGACGUAGCAACAGCAAGGGCCAUGAUGAGAUCUUCUUUGGAGCUCAUCAACCGACUGCACAGUCGCCUGCUCCUCGGCCUUCCAGUAGCGAAGCAGAUAUUCCCUUGCCCGCGCCAUUGACUCUAACUCCACGCCGCCCAGCGUCUGCCGCUACACCGUCAAAGGGAGAUCCGAACCAGGUGCUCAAGGGUCUGUUGCCGAAGCAGAUCAAUUCUGACUCUUCGAAUCGCCGGAUACAAGAUCUCAGAACUAAGCUCGCGGAUAUUGGAUCAAAAUCCAGCAACACCGAAGACCUUACGAAGACAUGGGAAAAGUCAACAUCGCUGAACCGGCGUAAGAAGGACGACGCCCGCCGCAAGCGUCAAGAAGAGAACGAGGAGCAUAACGACGACCUGUUUAACAACAAUGAGAUCUCGUACGCGGAGAUGAAUCAGCUCGAGGAAGAAUUCAAGCAGAAAGAGGGCGAGCUCAAAGCACAAGAAGACAAGGACGAAUACGAGAGUUACGUGGACACCGUAUUCGAUCCAAUUUUCAAUGGCCUACAUGCCGAGAUCAAAUCCCUCAUGGAUCUGUACGUGGAAGCUAAGCAUCUUCUGCAAUCCUCUGUGAGAGGACUCAAGAGCUUCAAGGAGACGGAUGAUCCAAGUACGAAAGACUGCUUCGAGCUUCUAAGAGAUAUCCACGAGCGGAUCGAGAAGAGACACGACAGUGUCGUACAGCUUGUUGCAGAGCGCGAUAGACGCUACAAGAAAACCGAGACGCAACCUCUUUACGCCGCCGGCAACAUCAGUCAGAUGAAGGCCGUUGAGAAGCAAUUCGAGAAUGCGGAGAAACAAGCUAUUUUCGAAGCUAAGCGUGAGAAGGCUGAACGUAUUAGCGAACUUCUUCAGAUUACUGAGGGAGUCGUCGUUGAUGCGGUGAGCGAUGAGCAAAAAGAAAUCGACUACGUCAUUGCAGUCAUCAAGGAUCUUGAGGAUGGCACCGGUGACCCGGAUGUUCUCAUACAAGCACAAUCGACACUCAGAGCCCUGAAAACUUCAUCCAAGGCUCUUCUCUCCCUCUUCAAUGCGCUGGAGGUUGAAUCCAACAAUGCCGACAUCGAUGCUGAGAUUGCGCAGGUGAAGGCUGAUGAUGCAGAUGCAGAACGUAUACGAGAGUUGGAGGUUGAGAAGGAAGAAGCUGAGAAAGGAUUGGUAGAGGAGUAUGAAAGGAGAGUGAGUGUGCUUGAUAGUGAUGAGACUGAGAUUAUGGAGUUGGUGCAGAGGAAGACGGGGCAAGGUAGUGAGGACACGGCAAAGGAAGAACGACUACGUAUGGCGUUGGAGGAAGCGAAGAGGCGAAAUGGCCAUGCUUGA